UUAAUUAUUGAGUAGCUUGGUCGAAACACAAACAAUUAUUAAGUACCAAGUUGAAAAUUUUGACGGUAUGCUCGCCUGCUUCUGUGCACAAUUGGACACCCUAAAUUUAGGGGGAAAAACAAAACGUUUUGGACUCACUUUGCACUCAUUAUUGGACGAACCAUUAUGAUUUAACCAUGACCACUACUAAUUAAAAUUUUGUGUCAAAUGUCACUAAUAACAAUUUUGUUUGUUUAUUGAUAAUUAUGGAGUUGAUUACAUAGGGAUCAUUAAACAAGGUUGAUAAUUGUCAAAUAAAAAAAAUAAAAAAAACAAGGUUGAUACACUUUUUCACCCCUUGCUAUGUAGAGUCAAGAUUUCAUAUUCAUAGGUGUGGACUGGACGAAUUACAUUGGCAAACGUGGACCCGAUAGCCAUUCAUUUGUAUGGGCCCAUAUGCCAGCAGCCCACUCGUUCCCGAUCCAUGAAUCCAUUACACAGAACGGUUGUUGUUCAACCCAAAGCCGAGCUCCAGGAAGGAGAAUCGACGAACAUCAAUUCCGUCCCCAGCUUCUGGUUUCCAGUCUUCUUUCUUCCUCCUCAUAUCCCGUCUUCAGCCUCGGAGCAGCCAUUUCCCGCCGGUGCAUCCUUACGAAGUUAGAAGUGAACUCAAAAGCUGACCAGCCUAUGCCAUAGCUGAAGUUUCCUCUAAACCCUGAUAGGGUAAAAUGGCUGCCAGAUUGAACCACUCAAUUCAGAACACUCUCUCCCUCUUAAACCCUCUCUGUUCAGUCACUACGAAAGCCACCCAGUUCAGGGAUCGUCUUCCUUUCCACCGGAGCUUCCUGCUUUCUUCUUCCUACUCGGAAAAAAGAAGAGCCCUUUCCUGUUCUUGCGCCACGAGCGGCGCCGCGGAUACCCGAAGGGAUGGAGGAGAAGCCGCAGCAGGGGAGACAUUUGUUCUCACGACCCCUCUUUACUACGUCAAUGCCGCUCCCCACAUGGGAAGCGCUUACACAACAAUCGCUGCUGAUGCCAUAGCCCGGUUUCAGAGACUUUUAGGAAAGAAGGUUAUACUGGUCACUGGCACGGAUGAACACGGGGAGAAAAUUGCUACUGCUGCUGCUGCCUGUGGGUCUAGCCCAAGUGAGCACUGCGACAUUGUAUCUCAAGCAUACAAGAGCCUGUGGAAAGACUUAGACAUUUCGUACAGCAAGUUCAUUCGAACUACUGAUCCCAAGCAUGAAGCCAUUGUGAAGGAGUUCUACUCGAGGGUACUUGCCAAUGGUGACAUUUAUCAUGCCGACUACGAGGGGCUAUACUGUGUCAACUGUGAGGAGUACAAGGAUGAGAAGGAGUUGCUUGAAAACAAAUGCUGCCCAGUGCACUUGAAACCAUGUACACAGCGCAAAGAGGAAAACUACUUCUUCGCCUUGUCUAAGUACCAACAAAAAUUGGAAGAAACUUUGUCUUCAAAUCCGAAUUUUGUGCAGCCUUCAUAUCGUUUGAAUGAGGUGCAAAGUUGGAUUAAAGGUGGCUUAAAAGACUUUUCAAUUUCUCGAGCAUCUGUGGAGUGGGGCAUUCCAGUUCCUAAUGACAAACGACAGACUAUAUAUGUUUGGUUUGAUGCUUUACUUGGUUAUAUAUCAGCUCUUGCAGAGGAGAAUGGUCAGUCUAGUUUACAGGAGGCUGUUUCCUCUGGUUGGCCUGCAGCACUGCACUUGAUUGGCAAGGAUAUUUUGCGUUUUCAUGCAGUUUACUGGCCAGCAAUGCUUAUGUCUGCUGGACUUGACCUUCCAAAGACGGUAUUUGGGCAUGGCUUCUUAACUAAGGACGGCAUGAAGAUGGGGAAGUCAUUGGGAAAUACACUUGAACCAAAUGAUUUGGUCCACAAAUUUGGGUCUGAUGCAGUCAGGUACUUCUUCCUUAGGGAAGUGGAAUUUGGUAAUGAUGGUGACUAUUCAGAAGAUCGUUUCAUUAACAUUGUCAAUGCACAUCUUGCCAAUACCAUAGGAAAUCUCCUUAAUCGCACUCUUGGACUUCUGAGAAAGAAUUGUGAAUCAACUUUGGUGGUAGAUUCAGCUACUGCAGCUGAAGGAAGUGCCUUCAAGGACACUGUGGAAACACUUGUUGAGAAAGCCAACAUCCAGUAUCAAAAUCUGUCUCUCUCAGCAGCAUGCGAGGCUGUACUCGAAAUUGGUAAUGCUGGAAACUUAUACAUGAAUGAACGUGCGCCGUGGUCUCUAUUUAAGCAGGGUGGAGCUGCUUCAGAAGCUGCUGCCAAGGAUCUUGUGAUUAUUCUGGAAGCAAUGAGGAUCAUAGCCAUUGCUUUAUCCCCUGUAUCACCAGGCUUGUGCUGGAGAAUAUAUGAACAACUUGGUUUUUCAGAAGAUCAGUUUGCAACCGUUACUUGGGAUGAGACCAAGUGGGGUGGGUUGAAAGGUGGUCAGGUAAUGGCUCAACCAAAUCCUGUUUUUGCAAGGAUUGAGAACCCAACAGAAGUGGCAACCGGCACCGAAUCAUCAGCAGCUAAGCCGGCAGUGAAAACCAAGAAGAAGAAUAAGCCUCAGCCCCAAGUAGCUGCUGAGGCUUAGGCUGAAAUCAAGGCGCAUUCUUCCCUUUGUAGUAAUGGUUCUUUCAUGUCUUGAGCCGUGAUAUUAUUGAAUCAUGGAACUUUCUCUGCAUUAGGUUGUUAAUUACCUUUGAAUUUAAUCCAUCGGUUUAGUUUAGUUUGUUCAGCUCGAUUCUCUCUCAACAAGGUAAGAUUUUAUAAUUUCAUCAUCCAUCAAUGAAAAAGUUACACCAUUCAUUUAAAAAAAAGAUCUAUCCAACCAACAAUACUUCUAUCAAAUAGUAUUUCACUAAUGUCAAAUUCUGUACGGCCAAAAUCGUUCUAGUUGUACUACAAUUGCCCUAACUUUAAAAUGCAAAUUAUUAAGCCGUUUCAUCAAGCAAAGAGAAACUAACAAAACAAACAUCUACACAAUAAAUAAAAGCCAAAUGAGAAAAUUUGAAGUCUCAUUUCAAAUUUCCUGCAUCUAGAGUAAAAGUAGGAAGGAUAUUUUGGUCUUCACAGUUACUUUUUUUUUUAUUCAUUAAAAAGACACUUACUACAUUUUGGUCUUCACAAUUACUAUUUUUUUAUUCAUUAAAAUGACCACUUUAAAGAAAAACAAAGAUCAUAAACAAUCACACUAAGUAGUUGUAUCUUUUUAAUUAAAAACAUAUAAUCGCAGAGAGGAAAAAACCCUUCCCACAUUUCAAAUUCUCUGCUCCAGGAGCGUUUGUAAGAAGGGAGAAUAGGGAGUGUCAAAUUUUUUAUUUUCCCUCUGUAGAACGGGCCCACUUACCGUACACAUGCGGAUUUAAACGGGUCCGGGAGUGUCAAUUUUUUUCUUUAAGUCCUUUUAUUUCUCAGUGUUGGUAAAAUAUAUAUGAAAAAGCAAAAACAAUACUCUUUUUUAUUGCUAAAAACAAAAAAGUUUAACAAUAAACUAAUGGGCUAACCGCUAAUCAUAAAAUCAAAGAGUUGAAUGGGCCUGACCUACACGGGAUUUGCCCAUCAAGUAAAACAAAUAAACAUCAUGGGUUUGCCAUUCUAAACACAAGCUAUUUUCUCUAACAUAAUAUAUAUUAUGCUAUUAUUUUAUAUCUUAGUGGCUAAAAUAUAUAUUAUGUAAUUAUUUUCGAUGGUUCAACCUCGACCAACCCAAUUAGUCCAAUUUUUAUCAUUUCAAAUAUAUAUUAUGUAAUUAUUUGAUAUCAUAAUGAUUAAAUUAUAGUGUAUAUUAUAGGGAAUCGUUUGGUAUUUGUUAGUAAAAAACUAAACAGAAAGAUCUAUUUGGUUAUUUUUAACAUUAAAACGAUCCUAAACAUUUUCAGUUUCCUUUCGAAAUUCUACAGUUUUAUUCCCGAAUCAGUGAUGUGCAAAUGUCGAAUUGCAGUCAUCUCUUUUCUUUCAUUAUAUUUUAUUUUCAAAUGGAAAGUUUAAAAUUAAAGAAUAAUUAAAGUUUGGCAUUGGUCGGUCAAACAUGCUGAAUUUCAAGUUUUGGCCCAUUUUGAUCAAGUCUAAUUUAUAAUCACAUGGUUCCCUGAUACCCGAUAAAAAUCUCAAUCCAAACCAAUUUGGCAGGUGAGUCCGUGUUUACCACCAUUUUCUAGGGAUACAGAAACGUGUGAUUCCUAUCCCAAAUCGUGUUGUUCAUUCUUGAUUUCUUAGAUUUUAUCAUGGCUUGACAAAAAACCAGAAAGCACAACGAUGACAAGAUGAAAGUUUUAUAAAGCAUAUUAAUCGGCCAACGGGCCGAGUAAAAGCUAGCAACGAUUGUGAGAUGCUCAUUUCCGAAAACCAGCGGGAUAGGCGAUUUUUUAUUCGAUUUUCUGGAUUUAGGUUUCUAUAAAACUUACUCCACCUCAUCAUAUUACCAGAAACAAUAUUGUUUCACAAGGUAAGAGGUACUUGAUUUUGGUUCAUAAGGCUGAUUUUUGAUUCGUUGCAUCAUUCAUAUCUCUUUCCUACUAAAAUUCACUAUUUUUAUCACGUGUUUCCCAAAAAAAACUAUACAACAAUAAGCUUAUACAUCCCAUUACAUUAUCAAAUUUCAUACCUCAAAUUCCUCCGACCAAAUGGUCGGGGCCCACGCUAGUACCAUUGAGAGGGGACUUAAGCUGGUUUUGCCGUUGUGGUGACCCCUCAACACCCCACAUAAGCUCAUUUCAAGUACUACCACGAUCAAUUUAGGUACGACUUUCAAGCAAUUUCAGAUUAAAAUUCAUCAAAUACCACAUCUUUUUAACUCAUGGUCUCUGCGGAGGGAGCGGAUGGUAAGCGGUGGCAGUCAGUGGCCAACGACCGACAAUGACAAGGGAGAAAGUACUCUAUUUUGUCGUUGCAUGUUGUUUGUUAUUUUCUAAAAAUAAAAAAUCUAGUACCAAAAUAAUCUUAACUUUUUAUGUUGUGAUGAAUUAAGUGAAAAUUACUGCCAUAUCUAAUAGUCUUCUUCCAAAAGUUUACUUCUGUAGUCCAAGAAUCUUUAAAAAUCUUAAAGCACUUUUAAUUUAAGACCCAUGCCACGUACUCCUUACUUGCAUUUUAAGCGGCCACGUCAGCCUCUCUAAUUCCCCGCCACCCAAACUCUAGCAUGAACUUUUUCCCGGCUCUUUGCCCUCGAUUAACCCCCAAUCGAGUCCCAACAUAUUCCUCAUGGCCGGCGCUUCUCUACCCUUACCAAUGACACAUAUGGCCCCUGAUUCCGCACCAUCAAUCCUACCUUGCCGGCGACUUAAUCCGCCCUUCACUGCCCCGAUUUAAUCUGUGAUGCUUGCUCCUCCGCAUCUGUCCUUUUUCCAUUCCUGAUAACAUAUCAGCAGCAUAUUUUCCCCAAUCCCAAGCGCUGAUUUCACCCUUCCCGCCUUCCCACCAAAAUCACAAUUCAAUUCCUCUUCCUAUUACCUUCCCCUGUUCCUCCUACUCUAUUUCCAUCUCACUUAAUAGCAAUUGAUAUUAUCGGAAGUUGUCAUUAACCAAAAUCGCGUUCCGCCGCAAUAUCGCCGCCGCAUAAUCGAACGCAGUCAGCUAUUGGGCAGAGCACGACAAAAUUGAAUUUUUGAGGAUUCAUACUACAACCCCUAACCGCACCCUGCUGCAUAAUUGAAUGGGUUUCAUCGCCAACAGCUGGUCACUGGUCAGUCAUUGUCAGAGUACGGUAAUAUUGAAGUUUUGAGGAUCCUCUUAAUUUGGGUGCAUGUUGCAUUGUUGCUCCUCUGUUUUAAAGUGCCCUUUUAUGAAUCCCCUCUGUUUUUACUUCGCCAUAAAGACUACAGUAAGCCAUGGUUAUCUAACCUCUAAAGCGCAUGUUUGACUGUUACAUUGCAGGUUUAUGUACCAUAUGGGUGCACAAAACUGUUGCUAUGAGGAUUCAUUCAUUGUAUUGCUCAUAUUGGUUUGUUGUUAGAUAAAUUCUCAUGGACUCAUUUAACAUAGAAAAUCUCCCAAGUCAAUUUCAUUGUGGAGAGUUUUGGUUUAGUUAAUCGGUUCGUCCAGGAUUCAAGUUGUCUAGACUAUUUCUAUGUUGAUUAUUGCGGAUGACUACCUGCAUUUCUUCAUAUUUAUAGUCCAAGUAGAAUACAGUGUAAUGCAUCAAUAUACAUAGCUAGACUAGAUAAGAUAUCUAUAUAUCUAUAUAUCUAGUGUUAUGACAGAUUCCUAUAUAUAGCUAUAAAAUAAGAAAGAUUAGCACAAACACUGAAACAUGAUAACAAUGUUGUCAAAUUGAUGAUUUAUAGGUUUAGUAAUUGGUAUAGUUCGAUUGGUGUCACAAUCAGUUUGUGUCGGUUCAUAGCGUUAAUAAAAUAUAUAAAAGUAU